UCCCAGCGGAAACCCGGUCUGGGCUUGCGUUUCCUUCCUCAAGAGAGGCUUCCAGGAGCACGAGGGAUUUACCGACCACCACCUUUCACUCCCAGUCCCUUGCAGCUGUCCCACCGAGGGCCAUGUGCAGCAACAAGCUGCAGAAGGGCUUGCUGGUGGCCGACUACUUCGUCUACUUGCUGGUGGGUGCAGCCGUGUUCCAGGCACUGGAGAGGACUGCCGAGAAGCAGCAGAAAAUGGCAGCUGCCCAGAUGAAAGAAGCUUUUCUGCAGAACUUCACCCACCUCACUGUGGCAGAGAUGGAGCAGUUCAUGAAGAAUCUGACUGAAGCUAUUCAGAAUGGAGUGUACCCUGUUGGAAAUGAAUCACAGUUUGAAAACAGCAACUGGGAUUUCAGUAACUCCUUCUUCUUUGCAGGCACCGUAGUCUCCACAAUAGGCUAUGGCACACUACGUCCUAAAACUGCUGGGGGACAGAUCUUCUGUGUCUUUUUUGCUUUGUUUGGAAUCCCUCUGAAUAUUGUUUUUCUGCACCGCGUCAGUAAGAUGCUCUCACUGCUGUGUAAAAAGCUGGGGAAAUUCCUGUACGGGAAAGGAGUGAGAAAGAAGAAGAUCAAAUUUCUGACCCUUUUGUUCUUCCUGGUGAUGGGGAUCCUGGUGUUUCUGUGCUUGCCAUCACUCUUCUUCCAGAGAACAGAGGGCUGGUCCUACAGUGAAGGAAUUUAUUUUGCAUUUAUCACCCUCAGCACCAUUGGCUUUGGUGAUUAUGUAGUAGGAAAGCAAUCCGACAGGAAUUAUUUUUCCUAUUACAGAACAGUUGUAGCCAUUUGGAUUAUUUUUGGCCUGGCCUGGAUUGCUCUACUGUUUAAUUUAUUAACCAUGGUACUGGAAGAUACUGAAAAAAUAAUCGCCAAGGAUCUCCAUCAAAUGGGAAAGGUGAGUAAUGGCAAUGAAGCAAAUCAACAAAGAAGAUGCUGGCCUGCUCAUUUCAUUCCAGAAGAAGAACUACAGCAACCACAUGAUGAUGGGGAUGCACAGAACAUGGAGUCAUUAUCAGAAGCUUCUGAACUCCCCAAAACUGAAAAUAAUGAUGUUGUGCUAACCGCCUGA